AUAUGAAACUUUUAUUUGUUUUCAUCCUAAACUUCAUUUUUUUGGUGCACUUAACCACUGUCACUACUACUUUCUCAACACGAGAUAAGUUUAAUGUGGUGACAAGUCCGGAUGGCAAAGAUUUUUAUAUCUAUUCAAACUCUAAAAAAACUUGGCAUGAAGCUUACAGAACCUGUCACGACGUUUACAAAGGCGAUUUAGCUGCAAUUGAAAAUAAAGGGCAGUCGGAAGCCUUGCGCACUUUCUUUAAAGAAAAGUAUAAUAAUAGAAUUGAAGAAUUCUGGUUGUCCGGCAACAGUCUCACUAGUCCUCAAGAUGGAUACUUGUGGUAUUUGACCAAUCCGAUGGAAAUGUUCCAUCAGCAAUGGGCCAGGGGAAGUCCUUCCAAAAACACAAGCGGCUAUUGCAUCUACUGGCGUCAUGACAUCAACAAUUACGGAAUGGUUGAUGUCUCUUGCGCGGAAAAGGAAUAUUUCGUUUGCGAAAAAAGAAAUCACUGCAAAUAGAUCAUUAUGAUUAUUAUAAUAAUUUGUUGAGGAAUAUGAUUUGUUUAUUUGUCCAAAUGUAAUUUACCGAUUUACCAAUAA